CUCGAGAGGGGUGGGGAAGAAGUGACUUGUGGGAUGCGGCAAGAGAGACAGAGGGGGAGAGUGAGUGACACCCAUAGUGAAACAACAGCGAGACUAGCGGGAAAGAGAAGGAGGAUAAGAUAUAAAAUCACUGCUUUACGGUUAAUUUAGCGCCUGACAUCCAGGUUUGCACAGACAGACAGACAGCGGAAGAAAAGUUCAGAUCCCACGAACCAGCGCGUGGGAGUGGGAAGCAGGAUCGUGACUGACUGAGGAAAGCUCCACUGUCUGUCUCGUCAUGGCAGGACCUGGAGGUGACAUGCAGUGGUGCUUCUCUCAGGUGAAAGGAGCCAUUGAUGAUGACGUGGCUGAAGCGGACAUCAUAUCCACAGUUGAGUUUAACCACACAGGGGAGCUGCUAGCCACAGGAGACAAGGGUGGGCGUGUCGUCAUCUUCCAGCAGGAAAUAGAGAAUAAGAAUCUGCCUCAGUUCCGGAGCGAAUACAACGUUUACAGCACUUUCCAGAGCCAUGAGCCCGAGUUUGACUACUUGAAGAGUUUGGAAAUAGAGGAGAAGAUCAACAAAAUUCGCUGGCUUCCUCAGAAGAAUGCUGCUCAGUUCCUGUUGUCGACUAACGAUAAGACAAUCAAGUUGUGGAAAAUCAGUGAGCGGGACAAGAGACCAGAGGGCUACAACCUCAAAGAGGAGGAUGGGCGCUACAAAGACCCCAACUCCAUCACGUCACUGCGGGUUCCUGUUUUAAUACCCAUGGAUCUCAUGGUGGAGGCCAGUCCACGGAGGGUGUUUGCCAACGCUCACACCUACCAUAUCAACUCCAUCUCGGUCAACAGUGACGAGGAGACCUACCUGUCUGCAGACGACCUCCGCAUCAACCUCUGGAACCUGGAGAUCACCGACCGCAGCUUCAACAUUGUUGACAUUAAACCAGCCAACAUGGAGGAGCUGACGGAGGUGAUCACAGCGGCAGAGUUCCACCCUCAUCAGUGUAACACCUUCGUCUACAGUAGCAGUAAAGGAACCAUCCGUCUGUGUGACAUGCGGGCUUCAGCGCUGUGCGACAAGCAGUCCAAACUGUUUGAGGAGCCUGAAGAUCCCAGUAAUCGCUCCUUCUUCUCCGAGAUCAUAUCCUCAAUCUCAGAUGUAAAGUUCAGCCACAAUGGACGCUACAUGAUGACCCGAGACUACUUGUCCGUAAAGAUUUGGGAUCUGAACAUGGAGAGCAGGCCAGUGGAGACCUACCAGGUUCAUGAGUACCUGAGGAGCAAGCUGUGCUCGCUGUACGAGAACGACUGCAUCUUUGACAAGUUUGAGUGCUGCUGGAAUGGCAAUGACAGUGUGGUGAUGACCGGCUCAUACAACAACUUCUUCCGGAUGUUCGACCGCGGACAGAGGCGGGACGUAACUCUGGAGGCGUCCCGAGAAAACAGCAAGCCCAUGCAGGUCCUAAAGCCCCGCAAAGUGUGUGCGGGCGGCAAGCGCAAGAAGGACGAAAUCAGCGUGGACAGUUUGGACUUCAACAAGAAGAUCCUCCACACCGCCUGGCACCCCCAGGACAACAUCAUCGCCGUGGCGACGACCAACAACCUCUACAUAUUCCAGGACAAAGUGAACUAACCCCGCGGUGAGUUUACCUGAGAUCUGGCGCAGGGGGACGUCCCGUUGCAUCACCCUCAGCCUCGCAAGCCUCACCCAGGGGUGAUCUGCGGUAACGCCCGACAACCAGCAUCCCUGUCCGUCGCUACUGGGUGACCAGACUUUGCCACUUUGUUCUAGAUGUGGACAGAGGAAGCCUCGCUCUUGCCCAUCAUCAGCCUGUCUGUGGCAGAGUAACUCCUGCCUUGUUGUUUAAGUGAUGUUGUGCCAAUCUUUUUCUUUGCCCUAUUUUGGUAUGGCUUUAUUUUUUUUGCCAGCCCGUCUACCCUUUUUCUUCCCCGGGGGCAACACGUUUAAUUUCCUUAAAAAAUCAGAAUACAGACACACUUAUUUUUAUAACUUUCCCCUGCCAAUGGCUCUGUGGUAAAAACACACUUAUUUAGUAAUUCCCCUUAUUGUCCUGUGCCAUUGUCCUGUUUAUUUUUCUAAGAAAAAUGUGCCAGUCUUUUUUUUUGUGUGUAUCCCCCUUUUUAUUAAUUCAACCAUUAGACUGCCAUAGUAUUCUUCACAAACCUGGUUCAUUCAACCUUACAUACCCAACAGUCACAAAUGUAUGCUCACAGUUUUCUUUCCACUCUUGCUGCUGAGACAUGCAGGACAGCAACAACUCAGUGCUCGCCUCCAGGAGUUUAAGGAUUGCUUCACAGAUGUAAAGCCCGGCCUCGGGCUAAAAUAAGUCCAGACUACAAAAUAGGUUCUUUUUUUUGGUUGGCGCUGUCUUUCGUGCAUCGGUUCCUCUUCCUCCUUUUGUUUGUGUUGGACAAGGUAUAAGAGAUAGCCUAUUAACAAAUUAUUAUUAUGACUGUCAUAUUUAUAUUAAAAAAAGUUAAAAUGUCACCAGAUUUGUUCCAUCCUAUUUUGUGAAAUGAAGCUGGACCUUACACAUCUUUUCGAGUGAUCUUUAAGUAUUGUCUUCCCGUGGUGUACCACAGCUCCGAAGCAGUACUUCACAACAGGGAAAAACCUUUUUUUGAUUUGACACUGGACUCUUGCUGCACCAACUAAAGUACUUGGAUGUGUUGUCGGUUUAAAAGAAAACAUUAUUUGAGGCAUUACUCACUUAAAGUGUUUGUUUAAAACUACUGCAGACAUUAUUACUGCUACUGUAAUGUGAUGGUACAAAAACUGCACCAGGACUUGCAGGUGUUGUCUCCACACAUAUUUAAAAUGUGGACAGUUUAAUUAAAUUGAUGCCUCUAGUAAUGUAUAACUACAGUUUUAAUCUAUGACGGUGAAGAUAAUAAAGGAACUACUUUUUGCA